AUGGUGCGUGAGCGUGUCAACUCCAUCCGACCUGGGAUAAUCGGAGGAAGCCCUCACCCCAUAGACGGGACAAUCAUUUUUCCACCAGCAGACCCCACACGGAUAUUACGUCCGCACCGCGACGCCCUCAUUCUAUCCUUAGGGAUAGACAAAUUCGAUGUAAGACGCAUCUUAGUUGACCCAGGCAGCUCAGCUGAUCUGGUACAAGCAUCAGUCAUAAGCCACAUGGGGCACAAUUUAGUCGGUCUCGAAAACCCUGGGAGAAUCAUGUUCGGAUUCAACGGGGCAUCAACCAUUUCCUUAGGAGAUAUUGUGCUACCAGUUCAAGCUGGCCCAGUCACUCUUAAUGUCCUAUUUUCAGUGGUACAAGAUUUGUCACCCUUCAAUAUUAUCUUGGGGCGCACAUGGCUGCACUGCAUGAAAGCCAUCCCCUCCACAUAUCAUCAGAUGGUAAGCUUUCUUACUGAGGGUGGGCAAAUCAACCUGUACGGCAGCCAGCUAGCUGCUCGCCAAUGCUACCAGAUAGCAAGAGAACCAGGGACCAGUCAGGAGAAUGAACCUCUCCCUGAGUCCACACACGCACUUGACCAAUAG